GUGACGUGAACUGCUUGGGUGUGAGGCAUGUGAGAACUGAGACAUAGAACAGCAGCUGACCAUCUCCUAUUGUGUGCUCACUGUGAAGCAAGAAGUUAUUGAGUGGAGAGAUAAUCAUUCAGGUCUUCGUGAGCUAAGGCCAAACAAACAAAAAACACUUGCUUUGAUGGACUGAAUACUGUUAUUAGAAGUAAAUAUGGAAAAUGAACCAGACCAUGAAAAUGUGGAACAGAGCCUCUGUGCCAAGACGAGCGACGAAGAGCUGAAUAAGUCUUUCAAUCUAGAAGCUUCACUUUCAAAAUUCUCUUACAUAGAUCUGGACAAGGAACUGGAGUUCAAAAAUGAUCUGAUUGAUGACAAGGAGUUUGAUAUUCCUCAAGUUGAUACUCCUCCAACACUGGAAAGCAUACUAAAUGAGACUGAUGAUGAAGAUGAGUCUUUUGUUCUUGAGGAUCCUACAUUGUUAAACAUUGAUACUAUUGAUUCUCACUCCUAUGAUACUUCAUCUGUGGCAAGCUCAGAUAGUGGUGACAGGACCAACUUAAAAAGGAAGAAGAAAUUACCUGAUUCUUUUUCACUUCAUGGAUCAGUUAUGCGCCAUUCACUUUUGAAGGGAAUUUCUGCCCAGAUAGUGUCUGCAGCUGACAAAGUAGAUGCUGGCUUGCCUACAGCAAUUGCAGUGUCCAGUCUGAUAGCAGUGGGUACAUCUCAUGGAUUGGCUUUAAUAUUUGAUCAGAAUCAAGCUUUGCGACUCUGUCUGGGUAGCACUAGUGUUGGAGGUCAGUAUGGCGCUAUCUCUGCCCUCAGUAUCAACAAUGAUUGCUCAAGACUUCUUUGUGGCUUUGCUAAAGGACAGAUCACCAUGUGGGAUUUGGCCAGUGGAAAACUUCUAAGAUCAAUAACAGAUGCUCAUCCUCCAGGAACAGCAAUAUUGCAUAUCAAGUUUACAGAUGAUCCAACUCUUGCAAUUUGCAACGACAGCGGAGGCUCUGUUUUUGAAUUGACAUUUAAGAGAGUGAUGGGAGUGAGAACCUGUGAAUCUAGAUGUCUGUUCAGUGGUUCCAAGGGUGAAGUCUGCUGUAUUGAGCCUCUGCAUUCUAAGCCUGAGUUGAAAGAUCAUCCCAUCACACAGUUUUCAUUAUUGGCCAUGGCAUCUUUGACAAAAAUACUGGUCAUUGGAUUGAAACCAUCCUUGAAAGUAUGGAUGACUUUUCCCUAUGGCCGGAUGGAUCCUUCCAGUGUGCCACUGCUGGCCUGGCACUUUGUAGCAGUACAAAAUUAUGUGAAUCCCAUGCUUGCCUUCUGCAGAGGAGAUGUUGUUCAUUUUCUAUUGGUAAAGAGAGAUGAAUCUGGAGCAAUACAUGUUACUAAGCAAAAGCAUCUUCACCUAUACUAUGACCUCAUCAACUUUACUUGGAUAAAUUCACGCACGGUUGUGCUCUUAGACAGCGUAGAGAAGUUGCAUGUGAUUGAUCGGCAAACACAAGAGGAAUUGGAGACAGUGGAGAUCUCAGAAGUUCAGCUGGUCUACAAUAGCAGCCAUUUCAAAUCACUAGCCACUGGAGGAAAUGUUAGCCAGGCACUGGCUUUGGUUGGAGAGAAGGCUUGUUAUCAAUCCAUCAGUAGCUAUGGUGGUCAGAUCUUUUAUUUGGGGACAAAAUCUGUUUAUGUGAUGAUGCUGAGGAGCUGGAGAGAGAGAGUGGAUCAUCUCCUGAAACAAGAUUGUCUUACAGAAGCGUUGGCUCUUGCGUGGUCUUUCCAUGAAGGAAAAGCAAAAGCAGUAGUGGGAUUAUCAGGGGAUGCCAGUAAGCGAAAGGCUAUUGUUGCAGACCGGAUGGUAGAAAUCCUAUUCCAUUAUGCAGAUCGAGCUCUGAAAAAGUGCCCAGACCAAGGAAAAAUCCAAGUGAUGGAGCAGCAUUUUCAGGAUAUGGUGCCUGUCAUAGUUGAUUACUGCCUUCUGCUGCAGCGAAAGGAUCUUUUAUUUAGUCAGAUGUAUGAUAAAUUAAGUGAGAAUUCAGUGGCCAAAGGAGUAUUUUUGGAGUGCCUUGAGCCAUAUAUUUUAAGUGAUAAAUUGGUGGGAAUCACACCCCAAGUAAUGAAAGACUUGAUUGUUCAUUUCCAAGAUAAAAAAUUAAUGGAAAAUGUGGAAGCGCUCAUUGUACAUAUGGAUAUCACCAGCCUAGAUAUUCAGCAGGUAGUUCUCAUGUGUUGGGAAAAUCGUUUAUAUGAUGCUAUGAUCUAUGUCUACAACAGAGGCAUGAAUGAAUUUAUUAGUCCAAUGGAGAAACUUUUCAGAGUCAUUGCUCCUCCUCUGAAUGCAGGAAAAACACUAACAGCUGUAAGUUUCUGUGUGGACAAAUGUGUUCAUUUUCUUGGCCAAAUACCUAAGGUUGGAAUGGCUGGAUUGUAUGAUGAACAAGUUGUUAUGGGCAAUAAGCUCCUUGUAUAUAUUAGCUGUUGUCUAGCAGGUCGUGCCUAUCCCCUUGGUGACAUCCCUGAAGAUCUUGUUCCCUUGGUUAAAAACCAGGUUUUUGAAUUUCUAAUUCGCUUGCAUUCAGCAGAGGCUUCUCCUGAGGAAGAAAUCUAUCCUUACAUUCGGACUUUGCUACAUUUUGACACAAGAGAAUUUCUAAAUGUAUUGGCACUGACUUUUGAAGAUUUUAAAAAUGACAAGCAAGCUGUGGAAUAUCAACAGCGAAUUGUGGAUAUUUUGUUGAAAGUUAUGGUGGAGAAUUCAGACUUUACCCCCUCACAAGUAGGAUGUCUCUUUACCUUCCUUGCUCGGCAGCUUGCAAAGCCUGACAACACCUUGUUUGUAAACAGAACACUUUUUGAUCAGGUCCUUGAAUUCCUUUGUAGUCCUGACGAUGACUCCCGACACUCUGAAAGACAGCAGGUCCUUUUAGAAUUGCUGCAGGCUGGAGGCAUAGUUCAAUUUGAAGAGAGUCGACUCAUCCGGAUGGCAGAAAAAGCUGAGUUCUAUCAAAUUUGUGAAUUUAUGUAUGAAAGAGAACACCAAUAUGACAAAAUUAUUGAUUGCUACUUACGUGACCCUCUGCGAGAGGAAGAAGUCUUUAAUUACAUUCACAAUAUCUUGUCCAUUCCCGGACACAGUCCAGAGGAGAAGCAGUCUGUAUGGCAGAAAGCAAUGGAUCACAUUGAGGAACUUGUGUCCCUGAAGCCUUGUAAAGCUGCGGAGCUGGUUGCCACCCACUUUUCUGGACAUAUUGAAACGGUCAUUAAAAAACUUCAGAACCAGGUUUUGCUUUUCAAAUUUUUGAGGAGUCUUCUUGACCCAAGGGAAGGUAUUCAUAUAAAUCAAGAAUUACUGCAAAUAUCUCCUUGUAUCACAGAGCAGUUCAUUGAGCUGUUGUGUCAGUUCAACCCAACCCAAGUUAUAGAGACUCUGCAAGUCCUUGAGUGCUACCGUCUGGAAGAAACUAUUCAGAUUACUCAGAAGUAUCAACUUCAUGAAGUCACCGCUUAUCUAUUGGAAAAGAAAGGAGAUAUUCAUGGUGCCUUCCUAAUAAUGUUAGAGAGACUACAAAGCAAACUUCAAGAGGUAACACAUCAAGGUGAAAAUACCAAAGAGGAUCCCUCAUUGAAGGAUGUUGAAGAUACUAUGGUGGAGACCAUUGCUCUUUGCCAGAGAAAUUCACAUAAUUUGAACCAGCAGCAACGUGAGGCACUUUGGUUUCCGUUAUUGGAGGCAAUGAUGGCCCCUCAGAAGCUGUCCAGUUCAGCCAUUCCUCAUCUACACUCUGAAGCUCUGAAGUCUUUGACCAUGCAAGUUUUAAAUAGCAUGGCAGCAUUUAUUGCUCUUCCAUCAAUUUUGCAAAGAAUCUUACAGGAUCCAGUUUAUGGAAAAGGAAAACUUGGAGAAAUCCAGGGACUUAUCUUGGGAAUGUUAGAUACCUUUAACUAUGAACAAACCCUGCUGGAAACAACAACUAGCCUUCUAAACCAAGAUCUCCAUUGGUCAUUGUGUAACCUGAGAGCUUCGGUCACCAGAGGACUGAAUCCCAAACAAGAUUACUGCUCUAUAUGUUUGCAGCAGUACAAGAGACGCCAAGAAAUGGCUGAUGAAAUUAUUGUCUUUAGCUGUGGCCAUUUGUAUCACUCAUUCUGCCUACAAAACAAAGAAUGCACUGUGGAAUUUGAGGGCCAAACAAGAUGGACAUGCUACAAAUGCAGUUCAAGUAACAAAGUAGGAAAACUCAGUGAAAAUUCAUCUGAAAUUAAAAAGGGAAGGAUAACCCCAUCACAGGUAAAAAUGUCUCCAUCGUAUCAUCAGUCCAAAGGGGAUCCCACUGCUAAAAAGGGAACCUCAGAACCUGUUCUGGAUCCACAGCAAAUCCAAGCAUUUGAUCAGCUUUGCCGUCUCUACCGAGGAAGCUCCAGGCUGGCUCUCCUCACGGAACUCUCCCAGAAUCGCAGCAGCGAGAGCUAUAGGCCAUUCAGUGGCUCGCAGAGUGCUCCUGCUUUCAACAGCAUCUUCCAGAAUGAGAACUUCCAGCUGCAGCUCAUUCCUCCACCUGUGACUGAGGAUUGAUGACUCCAUGGAGCCUGGCCCAGGAGAACCAGAGAUGAUCCCGAGGCAGCUGGGGAGAGGCCCCGCCUCUGGUGGGCUUGGCCUCCACCACCUCCCACGCUUCUGAGAAGAGGUUCCAAAUUGGGCUCCUGUGCCUAGAGCGUCCACAGCACCAUUCCCAGUGUAGACUCCCAGUCUUCUCCACAUUGCUGUCAUGGCGUCAGUUCACCAGACUCAUUGAUUUUGUUUUGCUUGUUAAGCAAAGGAAUGUCACAUACCUCUCUCCAGCUUUUUAGGAAAUACAUUUUGCCUAUUGUGACUUUUUCCAUUUACCCUGAAGCCUAGAAAGUAGGUGGAACUCACACAAAUGGCAUUCCAGAGUCUGCCGUACUCCGUCUCCUCCAGCUGCUGGAUAAUACAGAGGAACUUCAACUUCUACAGGGAACAGUGGUUGGCCAGGCUGCAGUAUAACUGAAGCAUGCCUUGGAGAGAGCAGACACUGUGGGGGCCAGGGCCAUCUCCCUUUAAUGUGUUCAUGUUAAAACCUAUUCGAGUGUAAGACUUGCCCUUUCUAACAAUAAAUGCUCUGUGUUUAAGUUC